ACCUGCGGCUCGCGGCAUUCACCGAGGCUUUUUAUUCCCACACUGUAGAUUUUCCUCUAACGACCCUCCGGACUCAACCGAGUCCAAAAUUUUAACGAAAUAUUUUAACAAACUUUUAUGACUUAACAUUUCAAACAUUCCUGUUUGCCUUUUUUAACCGGAUCCGGUCACUUUUUCAUUGAGUAUUUUUUGUCACUUUUUUGCUUCUAUUCCGGUUGGAUACACCAAGGGCGUGUUUGGGGCGAUCUGUACCGGGAGUUCAUCUCCUGUACUCGGGGAGGACUCUGAGGAAUGACAGCGACUGGAACAGGACUACGAUCCGCUUGAAUGGAAACAAUGGAUUAUACGGAGCUCGGACAUCAUUUUGAGGAGAAGCUGACAAUAACAGACAAAAGUGAGUAUGAAACAGUCACAUGAAAAUAGGUCAGGAAAACCAUGGGGUAGAAAUAAGGUGGGGGGAUUGGUUAUAAAUGAUGUUACCUCGUUGAUAUUCUCUUUAUCUCUCUAUUCAUUAUCAAACCGUGUCAGUGUUUUCAGCCGAAAUUCUCGACUCAACAGCUGCAGCAAUGCAACACAUGAUUCCUCUCCCACUGAAUCCUCUAAGAUUGGAUGUUUUUUUCCGCCCUGGCAACCCCGCUGUAAUUCCUGCACUCCGAACAGCAGGCUGCCUCUCUAACAGGCGGGUCCUAACCCAGCACAGAUCCUGGAAAUGCUGCACCGCGCUGUGGUCUCCAUUACUAAACACGUCAGUGGUGCACACACAGUGAAAAAUGGCCCUCAUGCACAACCAGGCAGACCUGACAGUGGAGAGCUGCUGGUGGAGACCUAUGCAAACACAAACACUAAUACCAGAGUGGAAUAAACCGAUCAAAUUAGAUAAGAGAGAGGCUGCUGGUUGGUGCAGAGGUUCAACAUCAGGUUCUCCAGCUGAUGUCUCUGAUCCAGUGUGUUAGACCCCCAUCAUAUGGAUAAACAUGCAAAUAUCAGUAAGCUAUAUCGCACUUUUAUUGUGUAAUGAUGGAAAAUAACUCCACAACCUUUGUGGUUUGGAUACUGAUUACUGCGGUUUUUCAGAUUUCUCAUGGUUUUGUGAUCUAAGUUGUGAAGGUCUUAAUGGGACAGUGGUAAUCAUUGUACAUCUCCAAUCCUUCCACCCCCUCUGGAUCUGGAUCUGGAUUAUGUUUACAUUCAUUGUGUGUGUGUGUGUAAUGUGAUUAUAAAAAGCAAAGCAUCUAUGUAUGAGAGCGAGGACAGGCUCACCUCCAUUACACAUCUCCCUUGACCUGUGUGCUGGUACAGAAGGUGAAUCUUCAUUGACAGCCUCCCACCCCCUCUGCUGCAGCUCUCUAUCACUGCAAAGGCAGGCUGUCAUGUUGUUUGCUCACUGCAUGUAUGUGAGUCUGAACAUGUAGGCAGAUGGAUAUGAGAAUUUUAACAAGCUGAAAUUGGGACCAUGUUUUGAAACAUUUUGCAUGAUCAAUCUUGAGGCUAUUUAACAGAUUUUUGAGUGUGACUAGAUUGGCAAUUGUGAAUGCGUUUUCUAGUCUGUAUUGGCCUGCAGAUGUGCAGUUGUUACCAUACCAAUAUCUCUAUAAAUGCCUCCGUUGUCGCCCUAAACGCUGAGGAGAAUUAGCAGGAACUCAAGCCAAUUCAGCAACCCAGUACCAAUUCUACUUGCCUUAAUGAAAUGACUGCUGCCAUUGAUUUAUUUUGGUUACGGCUGUCAACGGCUGCUUAUUAGAAAAGAAGAUUUGACCAUUUCAGGGAAUUUGGCAGAUUGGCAACCACAGCUCAGUGCUUAGAGGUACAACAGUGUUUGUCUGUAUUUGGAAAUAUGAACAAUUUGGCAAUGUUCUCACACCAAAACAAAGACAUUUGCAGUGCAAAGGCUUCAUUUGCUACAGCUGUUCAAUAGCAUUUAUAUAUCAGGCUGGGAUAGUUGGUAUAAGAGAUCAGCUUUUGAACUGUAAAGUUGGCUGCUAUUUUGUCCACUCAGCCUAGCUCUUGUGUCCAUAAUUUGACAAACAUAUGACUGGAAAUGACUAAAGAUACCAAAUUAAAAUGGCUCAGUUUUAGACAACUAUCUAUUUUUAUUUUAGUCUCUUCUGAAAGGAAAGUCUUUAGUGCUUUUGUUCAAAUUUAGGUUUAAAGAAGCACAAACAUGGUAUUAUUACAUUUAGGUCUUUAAAAGGCUGACAGUGUGCUACAUGUACAGGCAGACAGUUUUGAGUAAGGAGUUAUGUUGAUGCUGGUUGUUUAGGGAACAGGGGAAUGAUGAUAUUAUCUCGUGUUUUUGAGACAUGGUUGCUCUGUCUCUGUCUUUUUGUUGCUAGAAAUGAAGCCCACUCAUUAGACCUUCGUUUAUUGUGACUGUCAACGCACUUGUGCUUGUUCUGGUGCAAAAUCACCCAUCAGAUAGUUAUCUAAAAUGAAAAACAAAGGAUGUUUUGGUUGCAAGCCGUCCGACGCGAGCUCCUGCUCUCAGCAUGCUUGAUCAACAUGUGACGUUAUGAGGAGGAAUGCUGGAUGCCGAAAAAGGCCGGGGCGUUGGAUAAACAGAAACAUUCUCCCUCCGCUGACUCCUUUCUGAGAGCUGUGAGUCUCAUUCUUGUAAAAAAAAGACAGAGAGAAAAGCCGACUAGGGCUUUGUUAGUUUUGUGCAGCCUGGUGUGCCUGCAGCAGUGGAAGAGGGGAUCAUAACCCGUAUCAAAGUGAUUUAUUCAGGUCUGAGGCUGGCACGUCUUUGGGUUUAGCCCUAAUGCAUGUAGACCAUCCAAAUCCCUGAUACAAACCGGCGUAUUAACAGUGCCGCUGCUGACCUCACCUUUCAUAUCACUUCACUGAAAUCAGCAAACAAACCACAUCAUGCCACUUAAUCAGGUUUAUGCCACAUAAAAAUGGUUUCUCUGAAGAAACACACCAAAAAGUUUAGUUUUACUACCUCAGCAACUCAAACCAACCCUCUCCAAGACAUGACAUGUUGAAAGACUCUCUGUUUGCAGCCCACAAUAGGAGUGGCACCACCGUCCUGCACUGAAACAAUUCACCUUUUGUGUCAAGCAGAGAGUAAAGCCUCCCCACUUGUGUCUCUGAGAGUUCAAAGAGAACACAUACUACUCCUUCCCGUGUGGAAACCUCCUUUUCCUUGAUAUCCGCUAAGUCACCGUAUCAACUUUUCCGGCCUUGAUGCCCCGCGGGCAGUGUCUCAGCGAGGAGUUCAAUGCUCCUCUGUGGAAGUAAUCAUGAGACGUGGACUCCCUUUGGCCCUGUGAGCUUCCCAGUCAUGCUGACGUUAUGUUCUUGGCUCACGUACAACAUCCCAGCCGGACUGGAAAAGUAGAUUUUGGCCUAGAAACCUCCGCGCUCCAGCUUUUACUUCACCCCAUCAUUACUUGUCCUCUACUAUUAUACUGCAACAACAGAAGUAACCUUGAUAUGGUGGAUAGACACAGAUACAUGGAACUGAAUCACUUAAGAGGACGGCUCAAACUAACAAUUAUUUUCUUUAUCUCAAUUUACUGCUAAACUUUUGUCAGUAAAAAUACCACAUGUAAUUUUCUCUAACCAAAAGUGAUCUCUCAAUAUCGUUUGUUUGAUAAUGACUGGUUCACUUGACGAAGCUCUGCCCAGGGGACAGUGUUUGAUUGUAAUUUCAUGGCUAAUAACUUGUAGUUAUAGCAAGACAGAGCAAUGCACUGUGAAUAAAAACCUUGAUUUUCAGUUUGCAAAUAUUUCCCAUUAAAAGAUUUAUAACUCGGAGAAGUGCAAACUGCUCUGAGGUCCUAUAAAACAUGUUUUUCCUUGGCUCAACAUAUCUACCUCAGUCGUCUUCCAGCCCAGCAGUUCAAGAAUAUCGAAGCAAAAAAGCCUCUGUAACGUUUCUGUAGUUAUCUACUGUGGAAACAAUGCUUCAAUAAGGCAAUUUGAUUGGCUCCUGUGAUGAUGUAACAACAGGACUGAUUUGAAUUCAAGGGAAACCACUUCCACUACCACUUCUUAAGUAAUUUCACUUUCUCCUGGUAGUUUUGCUUUAUUGUCAUUUUAACAUCAUUUUGGCUCUAGUUGGUACUGUUUUAUUGGUAAAUGCAAUAAUGUUUUGAACAGCCUGUUGUUUGUGAACAACUUACGGACUCAAACUAACUAGCAUGUUUAGUAGAGUUGUAGUCCAGCGUUUUGGUUGCCCAGAGAAAAACCCAAUCACCCACACUGGUGUUGUUUUUGCUUGCUAGUGUAUCAGAAUAGGAAAUAUAGAGCUAAUAUAAGCAGCACUGUCAUACUGUUUUGGGUGUUUGGCUAAGUUUGGACUUGAGGAACUUCAACCAACCUAAAAUUAGUCAUUAUAAACACUGUAGUCCUUUAACAUGUCACACUUAGUAAGUCAGUGCUUGAAUUCAAGUACAAAUUGGUCAUGAUUUUUGUACUUUUCCUCUUGGCAUUUUCUAAAGAGGGUUUGGAAACCCAAAAGACGAAAUCUUCUCUGGGUUCCUGCGGUCAGAAUAAGCUCAAGUUCUCACAGCUCUGCCAACUAUGUCUCAAUCUGGGCUCAAGGGCUCAAACGCCUCUGCAUGGUUGGGUGGGAGAGGGUCGAUUUCUGCUGAGAGGUUAGGGGUGUGGAUAGGAUCAGCUGGAAUGACUCUGCGAAACUAAACACGCUGUUGGGGUCUCGGUUGGUUGUUGCGGUUUGAGCAGAUCCUCCAAGAAGACAGAUGUAGGAGGAGCCUGAGCAGACCAAAGAGCUCUUCUCUCUCCUCCACGUCAGCGAUCCCUGUGACCAGAUGCUAAAUCACAGCCAUGACACCACAGGAAACACUUCUCUGCUGCCCCAGUACGAAGAAGGAUGCUGCUUCCUGAGCGCUCAUGCCCAGAUUAGUCAUGUUUUCCUUCCUAUCUGACCUUUAAAAAAAAGCAGAAGUCAUGAAUGGGACAUUGAUAUUAAUAAUCCUGUUUGCAGCAUAAUCCUGUUAGGCAGCGUUGUGAGGCAACGUUUAGUCAUAAAAGGAGCCGUCAUAUCAAAUUCUAUAGAAGUGAGUCAACACCUACACAUCUGGGACCAUUUUGGAACAUGUGUUGAGGAAUAAUAAGAUUAAUCAGAAGCAGAUGAAGGGUUGAUCUUUUCCUGACUCAACAAUAAGCACAAAUAAUCCAGAAUCAUCCAGUUUUUAGCCACAAUAUCUCAGUCAUGCGCCUUCAAAACAUCAAUCUUAUUUUGUUUUUCAGUGCUCUCAGGGGCCGCUAAUGCAAACAUAGCUGCUGCCUCUGCGAUUUAUUCAGAAAUAAAUCAUUGUUAUACAAUUACAUAGUCGCACACUGUCAUACAAGGGUGAUUUCUAUAGAUUUUUAAAGAUUUCUUCAUGAUUGUUCACAUGGUUUUCUACCUCAGGGACUUCAACUGGAAGUAUAUUUCAUGACCAAGCCUUAAAACCUUCAGGAAAGUUGGGGCCGCACCUUUCUACUACUAGCUGGAGCUGCUAUAGGACUCUACUACCUGGAUGUAAACAAGCACAGAGGACAGAUGGCACUUUCUUAUUGCAGAGAAUGGAGAUCCAGCUGUUUGUAGGCUGUGUGUGCAAUGUGUAACCAGCUCAGUUGAUCAUGCAUGGUGGUGCUAGCUCUGCUAUAGGCCACACUGUUUACCUGCAGACUCUGUGAUCCCAUUUUAAGCUGUUUUAGAUCACUUUCUUGAGACUGGGUUGUUUGAAAUUAGGUGAAAUCUCCUGUCAGGAAAUUUCUGAUCGGUUAUGAAACAGACUCAAAUGAGCGGUGAUGAAUCUCUGUGAUCUACAAAGGCAAAUGAGAGCAUUUCUGACAAGACUGGCAAUCUCUAUAUUGGAGUUUUUAACUCUUGCAACUGAAGAAACAGCUUUAGUUAUUUUUCCCAUUGCAAAUAUUCAGUGAGGUUUAGAUUUCACUAUGAAAAGACAACACAAGGAGACUUUUUGCCUGAGACAAAAUAUGAUAUUCCACUGAUAUAUUACAGCAUGUUUAAUUCAUAUCAGAAUCAGACGAGCUCUGAUUUUUUCUGCAGUAUAACCGAUUAGUUUUGGUGGCAGCAUCCAGCCAAAUUGACCACUGGCUGUCGUGUGUUUAUUAUUGGGGGGGGUUCUGGUAACAUGAUCUGCUCUGCUCUUAGAAAAUCAAACUGAAGAUUCACUUUGAAGAAUCAGACGUCUACAGUAUUGAUUUUUUCCUCAGGGCAUGCCCUCUCCUCUGCCUUCAUCCUGCUGCUCAAUCAGAUUUGACUUUCUGGAGCGUAGGCUGUCUAUUAAAAUUUAAUUAACUAAUACGACUGCGGCUUUAUUCAGCUUUGAUUGCUGCAUAUUUGCUGUACUUGCUUUAAAAAGAGACCUCCAUAGGCUUGAUUUUCUGCCCUCCAGGAACACGAUGCAUAAAUAUGUUUACUAUUUAACGAUCGAAAACAUGAUUUUCUUAAAGCGCAUUGUUUCAGCUCCUCGGACAGUCAGCUGUUUCUGUUCGGUCUUGGCCCGUUCUGUCCUGCUUGUACUGGAUGUUUUUGUUGAUGUGAUCAUCCAACCUCCAGGGAACCACAAACAGAUGCAUUCCUCCUCUGCAGCUUUGAAGUGCAUGUGUGCUGUUCUGUGUGUGUGCAAAUAACAGCCCUGAUGUAGCUGGUAUCUAACAUGUGUGCCCACUUAAACACAUACACACACAAAUACACUUGUCACUCACCACUCAAAGUCUUGGUCAUAAGACCCGCCGGCUCUGCUGAGACCUAAUUUAUCUUGAAGAGAGGACAACAACACUCAUAAAGAUAAAAACAUUCUUGUAAUGAGCAGGGCGGCCAUCUUGACAAACAUCAGAUCUGACAAUGCUUCAGUCUUUCUUGUGUAGCGAUGUUUCAUCAUGUGUUGAGAGUCAGAUGUUUCCUCCUCUGUCUCUUUGUCUUUUCUUCUCAACCUAUGAAAGUGUUUUUCUGCUCGGCACAGAGAGCUCUUUGAGAACAGGAAUGAAACCUGUUACUCUGCAGCCUUUCCUGCUGCAGGAGUCGAUUGAUUACCUCUGCAGUCUCCGAGAGUGACGCCGCUCUGCCUCCACCAGUACCCACGCAGGGAUGCAGUUACCCAUCUAGCAGCCCACUGGUUUUGUUUUAUGUCUGAAAACAUCCCUGAAAAACUCGAGAUGAAGACCAGACUGCAGCAGAACACAGUGUAUUUUUAACCUUGCAGCUGGUCUGGUUUUUCUCUAGUUUGGAGGACUUUUGGUUCGGCAAAUUUGUUGUGUCUGUAAAUCAUUUAAAAGCAGCCUGACCUCAGUGAAGUCAAUUGGUGUCCUCUGGCUGAAACAGCUCACAUCUAAUGUUUCCACCCUAAAACUACACUUCAUCAGCUUUUUAGCAACCUUUUCCAAUCGAUUAAAGGCACUGUAAGUGGUUGACUCACAGACGGAAACUGAUACAGAGGCCUCUUUAUGACCUCUUACACCAAACAAGAACAUCGGCAAUGAGUCUGAUAACUUCUCUGAUCUAAUUUAAGAUGUCCUAAACUGCUACGAGGGGGUGGGUGUUAAACCGGAUGAUUGACAGAAUGCAGAAGGAACAGGCCUCUUCAUUUUUACACCUCUGUUGUACGUAGACAACAACAGAUAGGACAUAUCAAUUUGUCCACAGGGGGCGCUCUACACAGUUAAACAUUUGUAAGUUUGAAAUGUUCUGUUUGCCUCAUGACUUUUAAGCAUUAUACCAUCAACAAUGGAUGACAAAGGACAUUAAAAACUUACAUCUGUCCCCUAAAAGCAUCAAGGCCCAUGAUAUGAUGAUAACUAUGAGUGAUAUUGUGUGUCAAAUACACUAAAAAAGAUGACCACACUUAUGUUUAUGUGAGUAAAAACACUGAAUCAUAAAAGUCAAAACAGAAAUCUUGUUAAAAAAAGGGUUUUACACAUUAUAGGGCUGGGCAAUAUAUCAAUUAAUUUGCAAUUGUAGUUUUGCAAGUUUUACAAAAAUGAAUAUUUCAAAUUUCUCUGUAACUUCUACUUCUCCCAGCACUCCUGUCGUUCAUGCCCGCCCCUCGUUCACCCCCCUGCAGAGACAAACGCGCACAAUAAGAACAUGGCUGUUAGCAUAAACGUAGAGUUUCCUCCCAAAACAGCUCAGUCUCAUCAGUCGAUGGGAACUGCUUUGGUUUUGCGAUAUCACACCUCAAACAAAUCACAGUACUUUGAGUCAUAAAUUGAGUUUCUUUAACUGGGAGAUUUUACUUUUCGUCAAUAUCGCUCAGCCCUAACACAUUAUCCAAAACACAAAAAGCAAUUUAAUCAAACUUUCCUUCAUGAUUUUCGCCUUGUCAUUCGUGUCCUCGCUAGCCUUUUAACUUGAAGUGUACUUAUUAAUAGAGGCAGAAAACAAUUUUAACUUUCUGAUGCGUAAUUAUUUGUGUUUCUCUUUCCUGGUUGUCAUGGCGUUAUUUGUUGACCUUCUGUGACCAACACCGCACAGCCCCUCACAGCACUGAAACCAGACCUCCGCUGAGAUUAAACUUAGUCCAUCAUCACACCUCAACAGGCUGCCAGGGCAACAUUAGUCAGCCAGACGGAGUUAUGCCCUACUUCUCAGUCCAAAACAUGAGAGUGGAGGGUCAGCUGUGGACUACAUGCGCUUGUGGUGACUUUAAUCCGUUUUUGAUGACACAAAAAAAAAGACCACACCUUGGUUUUUAGUAAAUAUUGACACCAGGUUACUUCAAACUUUUAUGGGACUUGUGGAUAUGGAAUACACUCUGUUUUCUUGACCUUAUAAAUAGUUUAAAUUGCGGAAAAGAAGAAGAAAACUGUGUAUUGUAACUACAGUAUUGCUGCGGUGAGCGGUCAGGAUCUGAAGGAGGCCGGUGGUCUGCAGUAAUGUGAGAAAUAAACAGAACUCAGAUCAGCUGCAGUGCGACUCACUGUCGCUGCAGAUCUUUGUUUACUUCUUGUUCCUGCCUUUUGUUCCCCUUGUUGCCUCUUCGUUAUGUAACCGUUUCUUUAGCUUUACAGAGCUGACCAUUGUUUCUGAGUUAUCUGUGCGAGUAUUGAAGAGAUCAUCGUCAUCGUACACAAACAACAGAAUAGAUCGGUUGCCCAGUAGCUCAGGAAAAGUUUAUAUAACAUUUAGUACGCCUCCUAUUGCAAAACCAGAGGUAUAGAGUUUGUACAAAUGAGCGAAAAUGUUCAUUCCUUCUCCUGCUGAUAAGAUGCCUAUUCACAUUGAGUGCCGUUCCUUCAUUGCUACAUCUUAAAGAUUACCUAAGGAUGAAGUCAUGACUGGGGAAGUGAAAAAUACCCCUGACUGCAGCCACAGUCACAACAAACCACGCCUGAGCUAUUUUCUCUGUCUCCUAGAAAAGCCUUUAUUUCACAGCAGCCAUUUAAAAAAAAGCUUUCCAAACUCUCCCCCAUAUUCCUCCUUUCUGACCGCAUCACCUUUAACCUUAUUUUUAGUAUCCACAUUUCACUUGUGAAUAACCAAAAAGGAAAGAGUGAAUAAUAGAUUAUCAAUUUAUGAUUCAUGUUUGGCUCCAUUUAAUGUCUUUGUGACUGGGUAACCCACUUCUUUGUGGCUAAAAGCAUCUGGAGAUCCCUCCUGACUGAAGCCGAGUGGCUCACAUCCUGUUUGUCGUUCUGACUGAACCUUUUCAGCUUUAACAUUCAGACUUAAGAGCUGUCUUUUGUUCGUGGUUUUUGCUGUAAACGGCUUUGUCAGCUUUUUCCAAGUAUUCAGAGUCAACAGAAGGGCUGCGAUAAUGAGAGAGUAUCAAACACAACAAUUUGAACUCUAAUACACCAUCAUCUUGUGCCCUGAAGAGUUGGCUUUUGCUUCUUAGAGAGAGUGAAUAAUAGGGCUGGGACAAUAUGCUUUUCUCCUGAUUCGAUUCUUCUAUGAGUUUUUGCAUGCCGAUUUGAUUUAAAUUGCGAUUCUACAAUAUUGUCGAUUUUCUCGACUUUUAGUCUGCAUUUUUUUAACACCAGUGAAACAGGUGAAUGAUUAUGAUUGUCUCCUGACUAUUCCAGGAACCAUAUGUUUCCCCCAAAAACUACACAUCACAUGUAAGUCAAUUUUUAAGAUUUAUUCUUAAAUUUGAAAUUCUAAAACAAAAAACUGUGAUACUUAUAUGAAUCGAUUUUUUCUCCCACUCCUACUAAAUAAGUCUUAUCGGUUUGUUAUAGGAAGAAAAACCACUGAAGUUACUUUAAACAGUUUCUAUUUUGCUGAAAAAUUGAGUUCAUCACUUGCAAAUCUCAACUGCAGGCAGUCAGCUACUUGUCCAGCUCCUAAAUAUUUGAACUUUUAGAGGAUUUUGUUUAAAUUAAACACAAUUAAUACAUGAAUGACAUGUUAUUUUCAUUAUUUACAACAUAAAAAUGAACAGGGAUAACUAGCUUUCCUCCUCAUAUACUGUCCAAUACUUCUCCUUUUUUUUCAGCUGGCUAUCAUCAACCUAGCUUUGGGAUUACAUUAAGUAUGUUGACUUAAUGUUUUUGUAGGAGCUAAGUCGAUACUUAAAGCCACUGAGAUGCUUGACCUGGAGUAACCUGGUUGACGCGCUGCGCUACUGAGUUUUACCGUGAGUUGUGAUGAUCAUUGAAAAUCCAGACGCUAUUCCUCAGAUUCAGCAAACAAAAGAUUUAUUGUGAUGAACAUAACCACUUUAUUCCUUAGCCCUCAGAUAACAGGACAGCAACACCCAAGACACACGAAGUGAACUGCAACUCAUAAAAUGUAUCUCAGCAAGAUAUUUGGCUCCUACGGUUUUGAACCAACUAAGUAGCCGUUUGAGCAAAAGUGUUGACAUAGCUAGCAGGGCGUUGCUGGCUAAAACUGAUUUAAAAGUCCUCCAAACUAAUCGAGAGGAAGUGAUUCGCCUAAAGGGUUGACAAGUUGCGAUGGAUGUAAGGUUAAUAGACAAUAGCAACAUGAGCUUGUAGCAGCCAUGUUCACUGUAAACGAGACUUGUACUUUCAGUGAUUUAGAGAGAAAACAGCCGUAUCGUCCAGAGCAGCUGACACGCAGAGCUCUGUAAUUGAAACCUGACUGUAAAAUAAAGGUCUCUCUUCUUUCAUCAGUAACCGGCCACAUUUCUUCUCCUCCUCCUGUGACAGUGAUUAGAAGCUCAGUCUGUACGUUGUUGUUACUUGUCGUCGUGACCUGGAGCUCAUUACAAACACAGCUGCUGGUCGGCUGUCCCCUUGCGGCAUUAACAGGAGAAUCAGAGGGUUCAAAGGUUCGAGAAGCAUGUGGCCUGAAGUUAUCUGUACCCUCAGAGGCUGCUGUGGUGUGGUUGAAAUUUUGUUUGUGGGCUUUGUUGCCUCAUGCAUGCUUGGAUUUAGACUCAUUGACCUUUUGGUUUAGUCAGGACUUGUUAGGAUAAGGAUAUAGCUGAGGAAGACUCUUUUAUAUAUCUUUUCGAACCUCAAUUUGACUUAAAUUUGAUGAUUAUUUUGUCUCAUGAUCUCUAAAAUCCUUUACAGAGGCGUGCGUUUUGGCUGUUGUUGCUUUUAGCACCAGUAUCCCAGGAAUGUUCUUCCUCUGCUUUUCCCUUGGGCGUGGAUACUUGUUGCCCAAGAGUGUUUCCGUUUCGCUAUCCAUGGAGGAAGAGGUGGUGGAGGCGUCCGACAAGGACACAUGUGCCUUCCAACAUUAGAUAAAAAUGAGCAAAAUGCCUCAUUUUGAUUGAAAUCGUACAAAUUCUUGGCCUGACUUAAUCUGCGUUGAUGCAGUUAGUGGAAGUGAAAUCUCGCAGACAUUGUGAUGCAGCUUUUACUACACAUACAGUAUUAAUCUCCGCUCUUUUAGGAUGAGUAUAAUCCUUUGAUUCCUUGGCACAUGCAGGCCGUGUGCAUACACAUACAAAAGACACACAUUCGCUGUGUAAACACGUGCAGGGGAAAUGUGGAUACCAGGGAUUCCUGAGGUUGGCCUGACCCAGAUCCAGCAUGUCCCGCUCGUCACAAAGACACACACAUGCACACUCACAUAUAUAUGUAUAGCAUGCAUCACUCUAAACAAUAGGGUGUGACCUGCUUUUGCACGAAAUGGGUCUCUACACCCUUCCUCCUUUUGAAAAUGACCAAUUAGAGAGGUGGUUUUCUCUUUUUACUGCAGCUACAAUCCUGCAAACCCGUAAACAGGAAGACAUUUAGAAAACAAACAUAUUUAAAGCUCCUGUGAGGAGUUUUUUACAUUGAUGAUAUAGAUUGAAAUUCCUGUUUAUGAUAUCCAAAAGCAAACGAGACCAUCAGCUGGUCUGGAUCAUGGUCCAUGUAAAAAAAACCUGAUGUAACAAUGCUGCGUUCCAGUUGUACUCGGAAGUUGGAAUUUCCGAGCUCCGAGUUGGAAAUCCAUCUGGAACGGCCCCCUGAAGUCGGAUUUCCAACUCGGAAAGUCGGACGAUCGUCAACAAUCCCGACUUGAUGACAACGUCACAGUCUAAGAUGGUAGCACAGUGCAAUGACAGUAAAGAGUAACAGUGAAAGUAUUAUUUAUUAGCACUUCUGUUUUGUUUUUGUGAAAUUAAAUAAGUGGUAUGUGUUGUACCGCCCAAUGUCUAACUGUGAACAUGGUGCUAUGGCGUUUGUAAGAGUAAAAUACUGUCUUAUGUGUUGUUUACAACUAGUAUAGCUAACAACUGCUAACAACAGCUAACAACAGCUAACGACAGCUGACAAUUGUAAACAACAGCUAACAAUGGCUAACAGUAGGCGUCCAUCUUGGUUUUCCGACUUGUUUACUGGAAUGUCGUCAACUUGGGUGUAGCGUCAUUCCCAGCUCUGACUUCUGAGGUAACUGGAACGCAGCCUAAGACUGAGCCCCAUCUUAUAAGAUCCCAUCACAUCUUAAACCACAUGAGAGCAGCUCUUCGCAGCAUUUUGCAAGUUACAGCAGAGAGGAAAAACUUCGUUUAACAGGCAGAAACCUCGAGCAGAACCAGACUUAUGUUAGAUGGUCAUCUGUUGAGACUGCACAGGGUUUAGAGAGGGGAGAGAUGGACAGAGGUGAGAUUGAUGCAGGUAGUUGGAACGCAGGCAGAUCCUCAGCAGCGAUCCAGAGGAACCUACAACAAGAUGGAUCUCAGGGACUCCCGAAAAGACUGUUUGUUAGUGACUCUAAUGGGACAUGAUGAUUUAAAGUUAAUGACACAGACAGAAAGAGGAUAGAGAAGGAGAGAAAGAAGCUCAAUAACCCCUGUAGGUAAUCUUGUCUAAUAACCAACAUGGAAAAGAUUACUUCAUUCAGAGGUUUUCUUUAUUGGUUUAAAUUCGCUCUAACCGUUCUCAUUGUAAUCCAAUUCACAGAGACCUGAUACUUACCCACCAAUGAGCAGGGACCUGGCAACAGUUAAAAGACAAAAUGUCCUUUUUACUGGCAGAAACCUCAAGCAGAUAGAUACCAGACUUACUGGGAGACGGGCAUCCAAGACAGACAGACUGAGAUGGAUAAAGAUAAACAAACAGAGAGAGAGAGAGAGAGGGAGAAAUACACGCUGCAGCAGAAAUAACAACAGAUAAUGCAGACUCAGAAGUUAUGCCAGUAAAAAUAGUAGAAACAUGACCAGCGUAAGCAAAAACAAACGAAGGGAGAAGACUCAGAGCAGGAUGGAAAAAUAUCAUUUGCUUGGGUUACAAACUAGGGACAGUUAAGUCCUGAUGCAUGAUAUGCUUUCUACUAACCAUAACCUUUGGUCAUGACCUACAAACGGAGGGCUAACAGGCUUAUCUUGACCGCAAAAGCACUUUUUAGCUGUGUCAAAAUGCACCCACUUUUAAUCGCAUGCAAGGAAAUUCCCCCAAGUGCAUCAGCACAAAUAUGUAAUUCAGUCCUCGAAUUUUUGAUUUCAGGUUUUUAUCAUCCCUGUUUUAUUCCAGUUUCUCUACUUUCAGGUGCUCGUUUGAAAAAGUGCUCUCAAAAGGACUUUUUGUGAAUGAAGUGUUAUAAAAGCAUCAACAGCCAUCGUUUUGAUUAGUAUUAGUAGGUCAGGAGAUUUUCAUUGACCCUCAUUAAUGAACUUAAUGCGGCUAAAUUUAGCUCCAAGUUUGGCAGGUUACCAGCCCCCGAUUGAACACUCGUCUGUGUUGUUUUUAUGUCAUCGGUUGAAGCAGUUUUAAUGUCAGAUGGAUUUAAUCAACCAAUGUGGGCCCGAACACAAACAAAGUUCAGUUUCCUGGCUCGCCCCUGCCGUUAAAUCUGGUGAAACACAUGCUGCAGUUAGCGGUCACUGUGCCGUCGCAGGGUGCCUCGACAGAAGCCAAACCCCUUUUAUGGCCGACAUUCUCAGUAUGGUGCUUAACGCUAUUUAUAAACCCGGUGUCUGUCACAGUGGCACAGAAACCUGAGAUGGCUGAGAAGAGACGAGGACCUGGAGGGAGGAGGAGGAAGAACAGAGGGAGGGGGGGCAGUGACGGGUGAACAUCAUGCUGAAUUUGUGUUUCUGUGUUAAAUGGGGCCUGUCACACGGGAGGCUGAUCACAAGACGAGAUAUUCUUGUUGACAUGGCACUAGACAUGUAUUUAUGCAGGGCUGCGUGGACUGUUGUUGUGGUUGCAAAGGAACACAUAACAAGCUUGCAUAUAAUAAAUAAAACACGUCUCAUAUUGUUAGAAAUUAAGCAAGUUGUUAAAUUUGAAGCAAUUAUGAAAUUUGACUAAUUUAUUCUUCUUACUGUUUUACUUAUUUUUAAGGGAUAAUUGAUCUCAAACUUUUGAAAAGUACAAUAAAUCAUAUUAGCUGCUAUCUGCUAAUCAUUGGCACACUUCUUAUGCUGUGUCUGGGACCAUUUUGGACCACUUCAAGUAAGCCGAAUUGUCUAUCAGCACUUCCUCUUUGCAAAAGUAGUAAUGAUUAUUGACAACUAUCACUGAAUUUCUUUGAUUUUGAGAAAAGUUGAAAACGUCAUGUUUUUUAAAUGAGGUUCUGUAGGUGUGAGGCGCAUGUUUCCCAAAGGAUUCAAGCUGCAAUAGAAAAUGGUAUAUCCAUUAAGUCGAAGUACUACUGUACCUGAAAAUAUGGUUUCCUGUCUCUCCAUCCAUGUUGGACUCAAUCAUAAGAGGAGGUGCAGUUAUUCAGUGCUAAGUAUUUACAGCUUUCUCAGUGUGUUAAUUUGCACAUUUGUGUUGAUAAUUUGCACAAGCAAGGAUGCUACUCUUAGUAAAGACUCAUAAGCUCGGUGAUGCUACCUCAUUAGCAGCAUCUGUUUCAAAUAUCUUCCAUGAGCCAUCAAAAGCUAUUGCUACCACCAGACCAGCCACGUCUCCAGCAGUGAGACACUUCAGUCAGUUUAAUCCAGUAAAACUAAACUUUAUCGCCCACGAAUGAACAUUUUCUGUGUCUCUCUUAAAGUUUAUUCUGUGGUCUUGCUGUUACAUGACUCCAGUCAUCACUCCCCCUCUUACAGUCACACACAACAGCCACACCCGUGCUGGGCUUACUGUAAUAACUGGUUUAAGUCAAGUUUGCUGAACUUUGCUGAGUCACAUGAGGGAUGUCUUCUCUCUGUCUUUCUUUUAUGUUGCCUUUUUGUGCAGUUCGUCAUAGUCAUGCAUCUGCCUAAUUGCAUACUAGAUAAACAACACUAUAUACAUAAAGUAGGCUAAAGUUGGACACAGAGAGGUUACAUUCGUUCGAAUCAAAUUACCAAUAAUCAAGACAUUGAUUGAGUAUAUUUAAAGUAUAUAAAGAUGACACAUGCCAUGAGCAGUGUCUUGCUUUUAGCUUGUAGUUCAAGUCAAGACUUUGGCAUAAGUAGCGAUGCAUCGAUCCAAUAUUUUAUAUCAGUAUUGGUCCCUAUAUUGAAGAAAUUCUAGAUCAGGUAUUGUGACAAUAGGCCAGAUGCAUAGGGGACAAUCUAUUCAGUCUAACUCUGUGCUAUGCGCCAUGAGUGGCAUCCACAAGUAAACACGCUGAGCGGAUGCCCACAUUGUUUUCAAAAUGGAGCGAGCAAAAGGGGUCUGCUACCUUGAACUUUAUCACAAUACCUCAGCCUACAAGCUGGACGGCCGCCUGCAAUUCCUGCACGGUGAACGUUCUGAAGGGCAGUGGUAAAACUUAAGGUUACAUCAAAAGGUAAUUCAUACAUGCAGCUUUUCUGUAUUGGCAUUGGAUUGGUAUCGGCCAAUACUAAGCUGUAGAUUUCAGUAUCAGUAACGGAGGUGAAAAAAGCGGAUCGGUGCAAUUCUAGGCAUUUAGGAAAAACAAUUAGUAUGGAGAGCAAAAUAAGGCAGGACAUAAUCUACUGUAAUGAAAUUCCGUCUCCCAUAUGGGGUGUUUUGAUUAGUAUUUUUUUAUUAACAGACAUUUUGAAGCAAGUGCAGCUAACAAGCCUUUCUAGAUUUAUAAAACAAAGUCAACUUCAAGCAAAAAAUCUGUUUGAUGCUGUGUCCUGAAACUCAAAGCCAUUCUCCCUGGUGGUGUGUGUCACUGUCAGAUAAUUAUUGAAGGACUUUUAGACUUAUGUUAAAAAAUUCUGGAAACUCAAACGAUCUUUGUCGUCCCUCUCUUUCCUCAGUGCCUCUCACGUCCAUUUAAGGCUCCUGAAGGAGUUGAAUCCAAAAAGUGAGCCUCUCUCAGAGAACAAAAUAAUCUUCUCAAGUAAGCAGGGACAUCGCAAUCCUCUUUUUGCCAAAUCCUAAUCCUUUUUUCAACACCAGGUACAAGCAGUACCAUCCCGACUCAACAGCAUCUUUUUGCCCUCUUAUCCGAACACGCAUGGGGCUCCUGGCCAUAUCCUAUUAUUCCUCAAUUAGGAUUCUGUAGUAGCCGCCUGUGCAUUAAGCUCCACGCUGAAGUACAGUGGGGGUAGAUGGACCCGAGCCAAGUGUUAAUCUGUGAUUUAUGCGGUUCGGUGAGCGUUUGGACGGGCCUGAGGAGAGCGUCAUGCUCCAUCUGCCCACUGUUGGCUGCCUCUCACCUUCCUAACUGGCUGUCUCUGGGCUCCCUCGUCAUUAUUCCUCUGGCUGUCACUGUCUUUAUCUCCUUCCUUUUUGUCUUUUUAAAUCCUGCGCUCCCUUUCCCCCCUUUGUCAUUAUAAAACAGGCCGCUGCACCAUUUCCCCUGCUCUCUCUCAUUGUCCUCCAGCUCUCCGUUCUCGACAAAUCACCCCCUCACUCUCCACGUGUCCUUGUAGAAGUGUACAUUUUGUUCCCUUUCUUCUUCUUCUUCUUCUUCUUCUUCAUUUUCUCGUUCUCGCUCUUCUUCUUUCUCUUUCACUUGCUGCAGUCUCUUGAGUCUCUCCACUUCCAGAGAAAGUGUAGAGAGAGAGAAGCAGCAGCCGAGCAGACAAACUCAGUGACAGCAUCAGCGGGGCAGCGGGGUGUGCAAACAAAGUCAAAGCAGGGAUUAAAACAGGAUGUUUUUUGAGGCUUUUCCUCUGCCUCACUAAGGGUCAGAGUUCAGGAAGUUAGGCCUCAUGACCGGAUCUGUGUGGAGACUUCAGUGGUGCUCACUUUAGGAAACUUUUAAAGGCCUUGGAGUUGCAUAAAACAUGAAUGAAAGGCUUGAUUGAUCUAAAGAUUCAAAGGGAACUUUAUUCGCUUUACAUGUCAGAGUCUAUUCUGAAGACGUAGGAAACGCCAAACAGCUGCUGAAAGAGUCGUUUUGAUGUCUUCUGUCUUCUGGAGGAAAUUUGGUUUGAUGUUGCAGAAAUACAUCACAGCUUCUGGAAACAUCCAAGUUUGAUAAAGGUAGAGCUGCAACAAAUAGACUCUUUGGAAAUGAACCGUCAAGGGGCACCUGUGGAGGCUACAUAGUUAAAUCAGUCCUCCAUAUAAAGAGGCUACAGUCCUCACCGCAGUUGUUACAGGUUUUACUCACAGCCUCCACCCUUUGCUCCCUACAUUUAUCACCCCUCUUGAGAUAUUCUGUCAAAAAAAGACCCAGCAGUCACUUAAAGGUCAAACACACAGUAACACCAAGUUAGACACCCCUUCGCGAGAUGAGUGUUGCCAACUCCUUGCUUCUCUAGUUAUACCAACUUUAGAAACGACAGCACGAUAGCAAUACACAGGGGUCUCAGGAGCCACGUACUCGACUAAAACGCCACUCUAUAGCCACAAAUAAUGCUCAGAACAGCACCUAACUUCAUCAACAGUACAUACAGGGUCCUAGCCAUCAAAUAUCUUUUUAACUUUGCCUGAUUUCUUUAGCAAAGAGACUAAACACAACUCAUCUACUCUCUUCCAGCAGCCGCUUGUUUGUAGCGAGACCUCGGGCCAGUCCAUUACAGGACUACAGCAGGGUAACACAGCUCAAGGAAGAACAUUUAUGAUCAUUUCCUUAAAGUAAUAAUCACCAUAUUAAUCAUUUUGUACUGCAGACACGGUAGUUCCUCUGCUGUAGCAUCUCGGUCUGAUUGCAUUUCCAUGAAGUAAUGAUCAUAAAUGUUCUUCCUUGAGCUGCGACACCCCGCUGUAGUCCAUAAUGGACUGGCCUGAGGUCUUGCUACAAACAAGCGGCUGCUGGAAGAGAGUAGGUAAGUUGUGUUUUGUUUCUUUGCUAAAGAAAUUAGGCAAAGUUAAAAAGAUGUUUGGUGUCUAGUACUAUGGCUGGGACCCUAUAUGUACUGUUGAUGAAGUUAGGUGCUGUUCUGAGCAUUAUUUGUGGCUAUAGAGUGGCGUUUUGGUUGAGGUUUGUUUAUGGCUCCUCAGACCGCUGUGUAUUGCUAUCGUGCGGUCGUUACUAAAGUUGGUAUAACUAGAGAAGGAAGCGGUCGGCAACAUUCAUUCUUUCAACAGGGUGUCUAACUCUGUGUUACGGUGUGUUUGACCCUAACUUAAAUUUACGCCGGAAUAUCCCUUUAAUAUUCAUCCUAAGUUAACCCUUCUCUCAGUCCUCUCUUGCUGAUGCGUUACACGAAAAAGCAAAACUAUUUAAACUGAAAAACAAAAAACAAUAAAUUACUGUUAAAAUCUUCUUUCUACUUUCAAACAGACCUGUUCCUUGUUGAUUUAACCAUGAGCGUUUUGUGUCUUACAGUAAAGUGGAGGGUGGCCCUCUAGGGGGGAUUGAACUCAUUGUCAUUAACCGUCCUCAUGACAAUCACUGUUUUCCAGUAAGAGUUGUUUCUUUUCAGAGGAGUGAGCUGAAACAGACUUACACCACAGCCUCCCGUGUCUCCGAGGCUCUCUGCUGUAUUUUCACUGCGAAUCUGCUGCUUCCUCUAGAGAUAACCGAGAUUUAUUCCCACACUGCAGCCUCACCCUCUGCUGGUGUGUUUCACGCUGUUGUCAGGAGGUGUUUUUCCUCCGAGGAGCUGAAACCCUUAAAGACAGGAGGAGGAGAGUUUAACACCUGAUGUGUAAUAAAGUGAUUUCUAAUGAGGCGGGAGUGUUGUGUUAAUAAAGUGUUUUCAAGGUUUACACUGAGAAGGUGUCAGCGGUAAAUGUGUAAACAAAGUAAUUAGUGUUUAUUGAAGAGAGUGAAGACUAAUGUGGACUGACAUGACAAAAAGAAGAGAUCAUUAAUGUUGUUAAAUAUCAGAUAAUUGGAUUAAAACAUCAACACCAAACAUGCAAAGAUGAAUAUUGUCUUUUCUGUGUCUUCCAGCUCUGCCCCUGCAGACAGACUCACAGUCCAUCCAGCAUGGGGACAAAACUUCAGAAAAGGACCCCCUGACUUCAGAUGACUCGGCCAUCACUGACCUCUCUCCUAAAACAGAUUCCAGCCCACAAACAGAGACCCCCACCAAGACAGAAGCCUCCUCCUCCAAGACAGAAGUCAGGCCCUCCACCCCGGGGAGCGGCAGCAGCCCACAGCCCAAGAAAGGUGAGCUUUUUGACGUGCUUGUGGGUCGUUAUCAGUCAUGAACGUACAAGAGCCAGGCCUGGUCUAAAUCGGAAAGACAUGAUUUUCCUGAAACUGUCAGAGAGUAAAAUCUGCAUCUUUUUACUCUGCUGGUCAUGUGACUGCGUGGGGUUGUCAGCUCAUUUGUUUCCUCGUCAAAACCUACUCAGUGUUAUUGUUCAGUUACAACAAUCAAACACAGCAGUGCCUCCCACAUCCAAGAAACAAUUCACGGUACAAUACAGAGGAGUUAAGGAGUCGAUUGGCAAGUAUGAAGAAGAUGUUGAUCGAGCCAGAGCGUCUUAACCUCUGUAGCUGAGGUCUGAUCUUGUUUGGAGGUAAACUAGACACCUCAAACAUGUGAAACUUACUCUUUUGUGUCCUAAUGGGAGUUUGAGAGAAACUAAAACCACCUUUUUCAUAGAGGACAGGCUGUAUAAAGUGGAAGAAGACUGAUGGAGGUGAAGGAAGGUGUGAAAGGACAAUCUCACGCUGUCAAGUCUUAACCUUCACUCCUGUUAGAUUUCUUUUCCUCUGCGUAUGAGCCAGAGCGAAAGAGUACAGCCAUGUAGAAAACUCUCCUAAAGGUGGGGAGGGAGGAAAUUCAGGUUGCUAUGGAGACCGUGCCGAAGUGCUGCAGGGUCCUCUGUUAUUGGUUGAGAAAGUGCGGCAUACAUAGUAGUACACAGAGCGAGGAGGAAGAACGACUGCAACGAGGAGACGGGCUGAGCAGCGAGCACCCCAGGGGUCCUGAUUUUAAAGCAGCAAAGUCGUGACUUUUCACGGCCCGUGUUUAGUAAAAAUGGAGAAACAUUAACCUUCAUGUUUAAUCAGUGCACGAUUAAAAUUCAUUCAGAUAAAAACUGCAGGUGAGGAUGGCUGAAAAGGGCCUUCACGUUACAGUAAAAACGGUCAGUUUGAGCAGCAGUGGAGCUGCACUGACCUUGAGACUAACAGAAGUUUUUGUAGACGGAUCUGUGAAGACUCAGUUCAGCCCAUUUUCAAAUAUUAUGUAGUAGUUUUACUCAAAUAUAAGUUAAUUCAAAUAAAAUCAAUUCAGACAUUCAGGUUUACUAAUCUGCAUGUUCAAUCUCUGCAUAUAUAUCCUAUGAAUUUAAUUCCAUUUUUUAAAAUAAAUUGGAAUUUUAAGACCCAAAAGAGAGUGGGUUUCCAGUCCAUUGCAUUUUUGUGAAUGUUUUCAAUGGUCAUAGUAUCUUAAACUCAGUAUUAUGUUGUUUCUGUUUUCACUUAUGGAAGCCUAACCAGGGACAAGGGUCGAAAAUUAAAAAUUAGUAAGCACCAGUGAGGAGCUUUUUUUGGAAUCAGUGAAAUGGACUGAAAUUCAUGUUGAUACCUUUUUAUGAUAUUUAAAAGCAAACAAGAUCAUCAGUGACAGGGAUGACUGUUUUUGUUUUACAAUUUUAAAGGCCUGAAACUGGUGUGAGGAGGUAGGUGUCAGCCAAACAGCUAAAAAGACAACUAUGCCCUUACUUUUUUCUUAAGUUUUACCAUAAAUGACACAUUUACUGUCAAAAGUCUUCAGGAUGAGAUUUUUGUCUGAACACCACUGAAAUAUUUAGAUGACAAACUUAACAAAGGCUGUUUUUUCUGCUGAUUGACACAAACUAAAAGUUCCUUACAGGAGCUUUAAGUUAGCUGAAAAUAAAGGAUGAUAUAUCGGGGUCUGUAAAGUAUAUAAUUAUUUUUUUUUCACGUUUUUAACUCCUACGUUUCCUCAGUCUUUAAUUUCUCUUCUGUAUUUAUCGCUGCUGUGAAAUUUUGGAAUUUCCCUUUGUGGGACAAAUAAAGGAAUAUCUUAUCUGAUAAAGCACGGUUAAAAAUCUUUGCAGCACACUGUCCUUGUUUCUCCAAAAUAUCAACACUGAAUAGUUUAUUUUUAUCAAACUGGAUUAUUUCAGUGGGGAAAAAAAUUCUUGAUUUUUGUAUUUAUAAAAGCAACAGUGACAUAUUUCAGGUGUUAUCAAAUCCUCUGAAUUUAGAUUAAACCAGCCUCUCUUUGCCGUUGCUGGGACAGGGUCCCCUAAAUCCCCUUCCUCGCCUCCUCUCUGCUUGGUCCUUGGGGAUCCUCAGACAUUUCCAGACCAGAUGGGAUAUGUAAUCCCCUCAGCGUGUGCUGGGUCUCCUCACAGUUGGAGUUAUUCCUGGUAAAAACCUCAAGAGGGAAGAGACUGGAGCGAAUCCUAAUCAGACGCUCGAACCUCAGCUGUCUCACUUAGAUGUGAAGCAGCUGAGGUUUGAAGAGGGGUCAAGAAGUUUUGAUUAGAUCCAAGUAACAGUGUGAGCAUCAAUUAAAACUGAUUGAUUGGAGAAGAAGCUGCUGUAAACUUUUACCCAGGUGACUUUUUCAACAAAAGGCUCAAAAUGAAAAGUGGAUCCAGCUGCUGAAAACCAUGUGACAGACACAGUUAGAGAUGAGCUGCUGGGUAUUUAGAGGAAGCUGAUGGAGACCAAAGCUGAGGUAGAAGAGGAGGGAAUUUUGGUGGAAACUUCACAUUAAUAAUAAUGUCACUGAUGCAAAAUGACGUUGGUUAUUGUCAUAAAUUUCCGUAUCUGUAAAUUUUCAGUAUACCGCCCAGCCCUAGAUCGAAGCAUGAUUAUUUUAAAAGGUUUAACUUUCAGCUUUAUUUUUCUUUCUCCUACAGAUUCAAUGAACUCAGAGCAGCGACAGAAACUCGCCAAGGAGCGAAGAGAGGAGAGAGCCAGAUAUAUCGGUGAGAAACCACAUCACUGUGACAUGUUUUGGGCUGAGCUCACUUUAUAAAACAAAUUGAAUUUUCCUCUAAAAGCCUCACGCUGAUGCAUGAAGUUGAAAUUUCCUGCAACCAACUUGAUGCAUGCACACUUCAAUUCCAACUUAAUGCAGUAUUAACUUCUCUUUUUCCUCUGUCACUCUGCUCUGGUGUGACUGACGAUUACUGUCGUCUCUUAUUGUUUCUCUUACACGGCUUUCAGAACAGCAAACUCAGCUGCAAGGUAAGCGGCUUCGCUAAAACCCUCACUGGCAUCGCAGCUCUCAUGCCAUUUGGGAAUAAGCAAUCUUGAUUAAGGGAAUCACAGCCAUUUUUUUGCCUUUAAAUCAAUGAAAACAUCAUUUCGCAGCAGCUCUUGAACCCUGUGAACCCUCAUCAGUGUCACUUUUGCUUUAAACGCUUCCUUCCUGCUCAUGUUAAGUUGAAAUUUCGCUUCAUGUUCCUCUGCAUUCCCACCCAGCGUGCAAAACCCGACACAUAUAAUCAGGGUUUGCUUCGUGGCUGCAGAAUGAAACUUUCCCCCUCUGAAGGAAAUACCCCAAAGACAUGAGAGGCUAAAUCUAGAUUUCAAACACACUUCUUCUCCCUGUGGAUGGAGGCCAAAGCAGAGCAGAGACGUCUCACAGAGCCAGAGGCACUUGGCGUGAAAAAUGAGCCGUCAUUAGCAAGAAUCAAGACCGGGCCUCUCAGACAGAUUAGAUUUAAUUACUACUUUCAUUAGCAUCGGUAAUUUGGUCAUGCUGCAGCCACACCGUCAGCAGUGAAAAGGGGAAUUCUGCUGCCUUUUCAUCGAUGAUAUCCAAGGUUACUCAGCCCAGCUUGAUUUGAGAUAAGUUGGUUUCUGUCUGUAAUAAAAGACAGAAAUCUAUCUGAACAUGUUAACAACAAAAUGCAUAUGAAAGCUUUAUGAUACAGCAAACACACAUCCAAUUUAUUUUGACAUAAAUGGAUUUUGGGGGGAAUUUGGUUUUAUGCAAGAUUGAAGACAGCUUUGACUCAUAAGUAAAGAUGAGCUGCAGAAUUCAGAACCAAACACACAAACAAGCGACAUUCUCACAGAGCUAAAUCGACUCAAAUGUAUCUCCAAGUCGUAGGAUUAUAAGAGCAACUUUACAUUCGUCAAAUCCGGCAUGUAACGCACCCUCAUCAUCUUCCAUCCUGACCUUUUCAUUGUUUUGUAAAGCAGGCUUAUCCUGAAGUGAUAACCAAACUGUACAUCCAAAAAUUCAAGGGAAAGGGAUUCGCAGCUGCCGUUCAACAUAAAGGGGGUUUAAUUUAAGAGGAUUGAUACUGUUUAAACGUUCCUCUGAGAAAUGAGCCGCAGCAGCGUAUGUGCAAAGACAAACUGGCAUCUGCUGGAGGCCGCUGUAGAGCCCAGCAGGAAACUUCAGCUUAUUUACUGUUAUCAGGAUUAUAGUGCAAUGAUCACAGCAUCUCCCAUCUGCUGCGCACAGGCUGUUUGGAUGUCUGCAGUCAGUGGAGGAGUUGAAGUGAUUUUAACAGCUGGAUUUGAAGACUUGACUUUGAAAUAGAGAAAUCACAGUUUUCUUGAAACAUUGAGCUCAUAGAAAACAUCUUUUGAAGUUGACUUUGACAGUAAGUUUUUUGUAAGAUUUGGCGCAGACUGACCUGAUCCCUUCAGGAUGUACCAUAAAAGCUUUUAUAGUCCCUUAUAGUUUCAUUGUAUGCCCUCAUCAGCUCAGUUUUUUGUUGUUUUGUGGCUUAAUACCCGCAAAGCUUUUGGCAUCACCUUUACUUUGUGUUUUGUGCUCAUUUGUAAAUACUGACAUCAUGGAAACGUGGUGAUUGUCACCACCUGAAAGCCAGGCUAGCAUGCUUUGAUAAUCUGAUUUCGCUGAUAUACAAACAUCCUUAACUAUCUUUUUCUGACUCCUUCCUUUCUCAUGUGUUACUCCUCCUGUCUUGCUCCUCGGUCUAAAUUUGCUUCUCUCUCUUUUGGGCGACCCCACAGCUGUGAAGAAGGCCCAGUGGCUGGAGAAGGAGGAGAAAGCCCGACGUCUGAGGGACAGUCAGCUGGAGGAGCGCAGGAGGAAGCUGGAGGAGCAGAGGCUGAAGGCGGAAAAACGCAGAGCUCUACUGGAGGAGAAACAGAGACAGAAACUUGAGAAGAAUAAAGUGAGGAAAUAUGGAAAUAUCCUUUUCUUAAACUUAUCUGGUGUUAAUGACAGUCAGGGUGGAAAUGAUCAACAGUUUGAUGGCAUACUGCUUAACAAGACCUCUGCUGUGACUGGAAAAUGGCCUGAGUACCUGGGAUCAGCUCUGGUGCCAAGUAUUGGCCGCUUAAAGCCAAUUUCCAGAGGUCAGAAGUUCAGAUUAUUCACUGGCAGGAAUAUGAGCUAACAGUUAUUGAUCUCAUCAGUGUUUCCCAACCUUUUUGACUUUCAGAUGUUGACUGUAAAUAUGAAUUAUUGGCAGAGGAGUUAAUCUGAUUUUAUGCCCCUUCCACAUUUGAUUGAAGAGUAUGAAGCUGUCUUUGUAUGAAUACAGGCAGAAACAUCUGUUUGGUUGGUUCAGCAAAAAAGCUCCCAAGCUUGAUCUAAUUUCUCUGAACUGGCUGCAUUUGAAAUAUGGAGAAACAGCAACAUGUGGUUAUAAAAACAGGUCAGCUGUUCUUGCUUACAGAGUUCAAGAUCCUUUAAAACUUAAACUUACAAUUUUAAUGGUGCGUUCCAGUUACCUCAGAAGUCCGAGCUGAAAAUGAUGGAAACAAGAUGGCUACGUCUACCAAAGUUAUUUUAGCGUUUGCCUUGUCCGAAUAUAAGACAAGUGCUGAAAUAACUUUCGUAGAUGUAGCCAUCUUGUUUCGGGCCUCCGAUCUUGCCUUUUUCCGACUUGGUAACUGAAACGCUGGGAGCUCGGGUGUUACGUCAUUUUCAGCUCCGACAUCUGACAUCCGAGGUAACUUGAACGCAGCACAAAACCCCGGAAGUCAGAUGUUGGAGCUGGGAAUAACGUUACACCCAAGUUGACGGCGUUCCAGUUAACAAGUUGGAAAACCAAGAUGGACGCCUACUGUAAGCCGUUGAUAGCUGCUGUCAGUUGUUGUUAGCUAUACCAGUUGUAAACAACGUAUAACACAUUUCUUUUACUUUUAUAAACACCAUAGCACCGUGUUUACGGUAGACUUUGGGCGGUACAACAUAUACCACUUAUUUAAUUUUACAAAAACAAAACAGAAGUGCUAAUAAAUAAUACACUACGAGAGCUUUCACUGUUACUCUUUACUGUUGAUGCACUGUGCUGCUAUCUUGGAUUAUGACAUUGUCGUCAAGUAGGGGUUUGUGUGGAUCGUCCGACUUUCCGAGUCAGAAAUCCGGCUUCAAGGGGGCGUUACAGAUAAAUUUCCAACUCGGAGCUCGGAAAUCCCGACUUCCAAGUACAACUGGAAUGCAGCAAAAGUUAGCCUGUUGUUGACAGGGGUUCUGAUCUGCUUGAAGUUCAAUUUCACCGGUUUUACCAAUAAAGCUAGCCGCCAUCUUUGGGUUAAGCUUUGAAACCGUCAAAUAAAAUACUUUGAUUUUAGGAAAAGAAGAAUUUUAAGAGUUUGAAUUAAAAGUUAAAUUGAGUGUUUCUCUCCAGGAAAGAUACGAGGCAGCUAUCAAGCGGUCGACAAAGAAGACAUGGGCAGAGAUCCGCCAGCAGAGGUGGUCCUGGGCGGGCGGACUCAACCAGACCUCCCGCAGAGAAAGUGAGUUUAAUACAUACGAAUACCAACAGCGCGAGAACUCAAAGCCAAACACAUGGAGUGGAUUAUAUAUCGCACCCUCACAGUAACUCCAGGAUCCAUGUUUAGGAACGCUGCUCUGUGACUCACUGGUCAAACUGAUGCAACUCAAGGAAAUAGCUCCAGGAGGGAUUGCUGUCAUGAAGGCGGGCCGCUCAGUAAUCUGUUAUGUUAAACGUUUGUUGUCCCUCUUUGUGUUUUAGGCAGGAAAAAAAAAGGAUUUAUGUCCAUUUUAAAGUGAUCACAGAGGCAGAAAAUAAGCAGCAAGGUAGCCGUUGAGAGCAUGUUUCAUUAGAUUAGCAGUGUGAGCGGAGUUUUUUCAAGGAGCUGUGAGCUAAUCUUCCCUCUCAGACCGUCCUGUUUCUGGUGUCAGACAUGUGACAGGCGACACCGAGGUCAAGAAAAGUGUGAAAGAUCCUGAAUGUGUGCGAAACGGACAGUGUGCGUGUCUUAUUUUAUGCUAAUUUGUUGCAGCAGAAGAAAUGCAAAAGUAGUCCCACUAAAUCUGAAUAAACAAACCCCCCUCCCACACUUUCCUCAAAUUUCCUUCCCAUUUCCCCGACUCUGACUCUGACUCCAGAUUAGUCUCCUCCUGAGUGUUAGGAACAUGCAGCAUUGACCUCAGGGUUUGGUGAGUCCCUGCUGUCCUCCAGAUCCAAGACCAGAGGAUUCGGCAGCCAAAAUCCCCUAUAAGUCCUGUAUCUGGGGCCGCCUUGCACCCGGCAGCCUUGUGAACAGUUGUUGUGUGUUGCGUUCUCUCCGGUGCAGGCAGAUGCUCGGCCUCCACGGUCAACUUGCCGAGACAGGUGGACCCUGUCAUUAACAACAGGCUGUCCAAGUCCUCUGCCACGCUCUGGAACUCCCCCAACAGAAGUAAGGACGACCCGACGUCAAUGUCCACCAGGCUCCCUCCACCCUCCCUUUUCCCCUUCCUCUUCAUCCCCCUCCUCCACCUCCCCCACCUCCUCCUAAUUCUAAUCUGGUUUUUGGUUUUCUUCUUGAUUUAUUAUAACUGUCGUCUCUGGUGGCCUGCCUGCCUGCCUGUGCUUGGUGACUGGUCAUUUACCACCUACUCCCUCCUCUUUAUCACGCUCUGGGUCUCGUAUGCAUCGUGUUUUUUUUUUUACUUUCAGUUGGUGGUGUUCAUUAAUUUGAGUCGCCUCUGCAUUUUUGAUCAGCCUCCCUCUCACAUCGACAUCACCGCGUCAUAAUCUGUGGUACUUUUUGGUUUUGCUCAUGGGUUUUUAGGUCCACAUUGUGUCUCAACACCUUUUUUUUCGGUUGUCCCCCUCCACUGUACUGUCGGUGCUUUGGUGUGGCGGUGUUAUUGAUGGUGGUGGUUAUUAUAGUGUGAUUGUUAUAAAUGAAAUUACAUCAAUUUGAUACACAUGCACUGUGUUAAGUACUGAUUUUAUGUGUUGCUCUCUGUUCAUAUGUAACCUGUUUCCAUAGAGAUAAAGCCUCUCUGGUUAUUUAUAGCAGAGUAUCGCUGCAGCCCACAAUCUGUGCACACUUACUUAUUAUUACGUGUUGAAUACAGACUACAAAUCAUAGACUGUAUAUAGAAUGGACGCCAUCUGCCUCCUCGCUGGGUGAAGCCACUAUGAGAACAGCGCCCUCUGGUGACAGGCUGCAGUAUAAGUCAUAAAUCCCACCUCUGCCAGCAAAGCUUAUGGAGCUGUGGACUUGUAUGUGCUCAAGUCCUCUUUUAUCUGUACAGCUCCAUUUUUAGAAGUUAUCAGGGGGUUCACGUCUUCUAUGAUUGACACCUGAUACAGCCUAUGGGCGUACGAAGAUUGCGUAGCCCACUCGGGGUAUACGCUGUUUGAGCCAAGCGUCAUCACAGCGACUCUCGGCGACUCUCCCGCCUGAAUGCGUACAAUGUUGGUUUCAAGAAAUGGAGAAUAAACGCAGAAUUACCGAGAGCUUUUUGGCUUCAAAUUCUUACACUGGCAGAAGGCAGAACCAAGUCGUCCAUAGUAUAAACAGUCUAUGCUACAGACACAUAAAGUACACCAAAUAAAUAUGGUGUGUCUAAAGUGACUAAAAACCACAGUAGUUUUAAAAAAUGUAAUGGUUGUCUGAAAUUAGCUUAAAUAAGUCAUGCUAGCUGCUCUGCAAAGCAUAACUCAGAUACAGCUAUACCUACGCUGCGCUAAAUGCUAGUGUCAGCAUGUUGACAUUCAUAACAUUACUCAUGUUUCUAGCAUUUGCAACGUUUUUCUAAUGAAAUGUAUCUUAACCAAGCAUAUUAGCAUGUUAACAUUAACGUAUGUAGCUAAAGCCUUUACAGGCGAUAGCAUAAACGUUAUUUAAAUGCUAACUGUAGCAAUAUAAUAGCGCAAGCAGAUAAAAGCAAUUUAGCUAGCUAGCUUACUGAGUCAGAAACGACGCUUGUUAUCCAACAGUGUCAAAGUGAAGUUUGUAAAUUUAAGCUAUUUGGUUUUAGUGAGAUUUUUACUGGAAAAACAAAUAUUCUUGUUUUUUAAUGUCAACUAUCCAAAAGCUAUCGACACAUUUCUGUCUAACUGAAGGUUGAAAAACAAAAAUCUAAGGGUUAAGAUUAAUUACAACUCAUUUCUAAAGUGUUGUUUAAAAGAAGAGUUUAUGUUGGUAACCUCAAGAAAGACGUGUCAGAGUAAGAUAACAUUGAGUUCAUACAGCACAUAAGAAGCCGUGGUAAUUGGUUAUUUUUCAUAUUAAAAUGAUAUCAUGAUAGAGAGGUAACUUAAGUGAUUUAUUCUGAGUUUCUAUUGGUCCAGACGUAACACUGUCUUCAUCUCAAAUUCAUCACGCCUCAUUCUGUGUGUCAUUACAGAUGGUAUCAUUCACAGUGCGAUCAGCAGUCAGACUCUCGGCUCGUUCUCUAACCACAGUACAGUUUCAGAUUCGCUUGCUUAAACACACACAGAUGCUCCGAUACCGCAGGAGCACAGAAGGAUAAAUUUGGCUCUGAGCAGAGCUGGAUCGAUAUCCGAGCUCGUGUUUCUGGCUUUAGGAGUCGCUCUGUGAACGUGUUGGUGCUGGGGCGGUGAUGUUUUUAGAUCACCGCUCCAUCAAUCUGCCUCCAGGUGAACCGUCGAUCAGCAGCUCUUGCCCGGUCCCCUCUUCAUGCCGCAUUGGAGGAGGCAGACCAUUGUUGCCUAGCAACAAGAGGUAGCAGCGUUAUCAGUUAGUCAUAAAACAUGUUGUUAAAAUGAUGCAGCCAAUGUGCAGCAGUGGUGGCUGUGUGAGCUGUUACAUAAGGGCGGCCAGAACAUGAUAGUUUUUUAUAUGUACAGAUAAACAGGACCUGUGUUUUCUCAACAGCACUGCUGCGAUUGCACUGUUUCUGUUCGGGGGUGUCAUACAGACCUCUCUGUUUGUCAAAAAACACAACAGAGCGUGAAAAGAUGCAGCACCCAUGACCAAACCGUCAUUAAAAACAUGUGUCCAUGCCACGUUGUUGGGUGACGUUGUUUUAAGAGACAGUCUUGUUGAUGGUGGUGCAGUCUGUGUCCAUCUGAGUGUUUUUGUCUCCUGUGAAGCAGUUUUUUUUAUGUUGUUCUUAUCGAAAAGGCAAAAAAAUCCCAGUCUGUUUAAAAACAAAUAUGUGUGUACCAUCCAUGGUCCUUUUAAAAAUGUUUAAAACUGGGUGAAAUAUGUACGAUUUUUUUCAUAAGCAUUCACAAACAUGGAUGAAAAAUCUGUUUGUUUCAUUAUCACACACGUUAAUGACAAAUUUAAUGUACCAACCAAUAAAUAUUUCAGCUAAAAUGAUCUUAUCACAGUGCACCACAGGCACCUGUGUAAAUAAUUUAAAGACUGGAUCUGGAUUUGGUCUCAUAACUGCAUCAAUUCGGGCCUGUUAGUCUGCCUUAGCUCAGUCGGCCGAUGAGCUGAUUCAUCUGAGUGUUUCCGUCUGGCAUCAAUCAACUGUGUACCCGAGCGUGCACAGCUUUUUGUUAUUUUCCUUUUCUUUAGAAGAACUGCUCCCUUUGUGACGCCUCUGAAACCUCUAGUUUAUAUCCCACAGACUAUAACGUCAAAGCACAGUUAAGUAAAAUGUACUGUAAGUACGUCUCCACAACCACACAGUUUCAACUAUAAAAUUUCACCCCGACUAUUAACAAAUGUUUACAAAAUUAGACCAAAAGAACAUGUUUUCAGAUAUAUUUAUGUGACUGUACUUAAGCCACAUAUAUAAGGGACAGAAUUUAAAUUGUCUCACAUUUUAUAAGUUUAAUUCGCUUUCUAGUUGAGAUAGAGAUGAGACAACACUGCGACAAAUCGUCAGCUUAACUUAGUUUAACAAAAAGCAAAACAUAUUUUAAAAUGUCAUUGAAAUAUAAUUAUUUUAAGAUCAUAUAAUUAAUGUAACAGAAUAAAAAUGUGUAUUUAAAUAUGUUAUUUGAAUUUGUGUAUUUAAAGUUUUUGCUUUCUGCUGUUUCAGUCACAUACUAAAGUUUAACAUUAAUAUUACAGAUGCUCUAACUUCUACUUUUAGGUAUUUUGUAGACUACUUGAGAUAAAUCUUCAAAUUUUACAUAAGAUAUAUUCUUGUUUAUAAAAACUUAAUCAGUUUGAAAUAAUCAUUUUUCGAUUGCAAUAUUGAACUUCAACUACAUUAAUUGUAAUAAACCAAAUAAUUAAAUUUCUCACAUUUUCUGCAGGUUUUAAAUUUUGACAUAUUUCCUCUUUUUCAGUCAGCGUUGAAGAAGUUUAGUCGAUAUUUUCUGUAAAGAGUUCCUAGAUCAGACCGCUCACUCUGAAUUAUUCAUCUGUCACUUUCCUCUUUCUGGUGUUUUCUUGUAAAAGAUUCACUCAAACACAUCUGAAGUUUCUCGCAGAUACUUUUAGACAGAUUUGUUCUGCUUCGGUCCAAGAUGGCGACAGCCUCUGACUGGAAGACAAGUAACAUAUUGUUGGAUGUCAUUAAGACUGAAGUUUCAUCUUAUGACACUCAAUAAUAGUUUACUAAGCAGAGUGGGGUUGAUGUUAGCUACACUAAUGCACUAAAAAGUCUGAGUGAGGUCAGAUUAAGAUAAUAUUUUUAAGACUUUUUAAAAAAUAGUCAUUAAGCUUUAAAAAUAAACUUAAAUUUGCAUCUUUGUGUGUCCUUAUCUAACGCCUGAAGACAGUCGGCUGCAGGAAACCCAUUGCUUCUUGUCUUCUAGAGCUGAUCAGGGAUUGUUGUUAAAUAAACACACAUAAUAAUGGUGUUUAUUUACCAAGCUUUCUAUAUAUUAUUACUAUCAUAACCUGGUAACAUUUCAUCAGACAGCAUCUUCCUGUAAUCACCAUAAGUGGAAAUGUUACUCUCCACUCCUCUGAAAGACGAAGGCAGAUUGUGUCGAGUGUGUGUUGUCGUAAAUGUGUGUGUGUGAGGAUGUGCUGUGAGAGUACACCUCCAUCAGUGUGAGCGUGUACCUGUAUGACACUUCAUCCGCAUACAGGACAGAACCAGGCUGGUUUUUAUGGUGAGUAUGCGUGUGCGCUUCAACAGUAACUUGACACUAACAACGCCCUCUUGUGUCAGCCCGCAGCCUGCGCCUGAGCCCCUGGGAGAGUCGCAUCGUGGAGCGGCUCAUGACGCCGACGCUGUCCUUCUUGGCCCGCAGCCGCAGUGCCGCCACCCUCCUCAACAACAGUGACUCCCGUGAGUAUGAAACCCCGUCGCCUGUCGUGUGCAGGGAUGAAGGAAAGCUCUGUUAGUGUCACCUUUUAAGGAGAGAGUUUGUUUGAUAUAACAUUCAACACAAGCAUGGUGUUCUCUUUUAGUAAAAGUUUUUAUUUGUACUCCUCUCAAACCCCCUCUUUUUUACCAUUUUUAAAAAGAUUUUAGUGAUACAAAAUUUGUCAAAAAACUGCAAAUACAACCUGGUUCUUUAAAGGUGAAAAGAGGAAAAAAUAUUUGGUAGUUUUUCGUUUUUUUAGUUUAUUUAUUCAUUUAUCGAGCAUAAAAUAAAAAGAGGGCAGAAAGAAGCGAACUUAUAUUGUCUACCCCUUGUUACAAAAAAAUUAAUUCACAAAUUAGAUAAUAUGUCUUCAAACAAAGAAGAAAUGGAAGUACACAAAGAAACACAUCAACAAACAACAAAGUUUACAACAAAAGUGGGAUAAGAAAAGUUGAAGUAGCGGCUGUAGCUCAGCCAUCUACUCAUCAUCCUAAUAAAUUUAUAAGUAUGAAACGUUGACAUGCUACAUGCACUAUACACACACAUGCACACAUAAAUUUACCAUUUACAUGUGCACAUAUACACAUGUAAAUACAUAAACACCUGUAUCUGUCUAUGAACUCAUACAAAUGGACAUGCAUUUUCACACAUACAUACACGCAGGGGCUGAUGCAGAUUAUUAGAGGUGAACAAAUCCGAUUACCGAUUAAUCGGCCAAUGUUUAAAUUUUUUUUUGUUAAGUCAUAAAAAAUAUAUAUAUAAACUGUAGAUAUAGUGUAGGUUACUGCUCUUCACGCCAAAAAAUCAUAUAUUUUAGCCCUUUUCUUUCUCCACUUUUCCAUCUUUAUCUGUCUGGUGUUUGGUUUGAUUUGGAAUGAGGUUGCAACCAAAUGAAUUAGUUUUAUGUUAAAUAAACUGAUUCAUGUUUGAGUCAAAAAAAGGCAAAAGUUUGUGAAAGAGGGAAAAUGAAACUUCUCAAAUCCAAAGAUGACAGCUUUGAAGGGGGAUUUUUCCAAACAUGCAUAACCACAAACCAAAGAUGAUGAGUUGAAAGGAAAAAAUUGCAAAAAUUCAAGUUUUUGGAGGUAAAUAUUUGGCAUUUUUCCCUCAUUUUUGACUGAAUAGAAAUCGCCUUUCCUCGGCUGUCAUCUGUCAGCAGGAUUUGAGUCAUUGUCUCGCUGUGUGGUGUCUUCACUGUGUGGUCUCCCUCUGAGCUUUUUCAUCAUCAUGCAUGUUGUGUUUGUUUGUUUGUGUGUGUUUUUCUGUGUGUGUGGGGCCUCGACUUCGGCCCCUCUGUUUCCCCGCAUGUCCGUGUGUCACUCAGACUCUCACCACUGCUCCCGUUCAGCCUCCGCCAGCCCCUUCAACACUUGCUCCCACAACCACCCGCACCAGAACGCCGAGCGCUGGAGGGUCUCGUCCGCCAGCACGCCAGACAUCACCCAGAGACAACGCCGGAGAAACUCCACACCGGUACGCACAGAUUUGGACACAUAUGUAGCUAAAAUACACAAAUCUGCUGCUUGGUUUUAGUCUUGGUGUUGCUUUUGUCUUCAAGGUGGAUAAGAAAAAGAAAGAGAAGAAAGACAAAGAGAGGGAGAACGAGAAAGAGAAGAGCGCUCUCUCAAAAGAGAAAGUCCAGAAGAGGAGACAGACGGCAUCCCCCACCACCACGACCCAGAGAUCCAGACCAGAAACCAGGUACCAUCUCAAAACACAAACACUGUAGCUGAACUGUUGAAUCAAACCUGCGCAGAAGAAGUAAAAAGGCAGGAAAAGCAGGUUAAUAUGGACAGAUGGUCCAAAGUGCUUUAAAAAGAGAGACUGUUGGACUCGGUUCAGGCAGUCAGCAGUCAGGUCUGUGUGUGAGAGGAGCUCUCAGUCACAAAGAUGCUCAGAGGGGGAAAAAACGAUGGCUCCCUGCCGCCUCCUCUCACGUUACACCUCUCUACAGCCAGAGAAUCAUGGCAGCUGAUUGUGGAGUUUCAGAUUCACUCCUGUGACCUAGUUUUAGCUUCACUGGGAACCUCAUCACCUUUCCUCGCACUUGACUGUUUCCACACAGCGGCCAUUUUCCUCUGAUGCUACACUUAGCUUGGAGAGCUAACAUGCUGCUGUUAUAUUGUCAAUAUAGUGGUUGUACAUCUGAUUAAUUAUCUGGAAGUUAGAAAGUGAUCUCCCUUCCUCUCUUUCCCUUCAGCACUCCAAAACCCAGAAACAGACCGCCGUCACCCGCCCCCAAAAGUCGCCCCUUGUCCCCCCUUGUGCCCGCUGUGGCCUCCAAGACCCCGGCGGGCAAAAAGACGCCUCCUCCUGGCACCAAGGCUCGACCCAAACGAGCUCAGACGCCUGCCAGGGUGCAGCCUCAGGCGGUCACUCCGGUCUCAGUGGAAACGGUCCAAGAACCACCGCAGCAGCAGACGGAGGAGAAAAAGAGUGAGUGUGGUUGCCUUGGAGACGAUAUCUGUUUUUUCAAGGUGACCUAGAGGUUUUUGGCUGACAUUCGGGGUGCAGUUUUAUAUUUAGUGUGAACAGAGAGAGCAUGUGUUCAUCUAUCUACUUCCUCAAAAUACAGUGAUGCUUUACAAUCAGUCAAUCUUAUUUUAUGUGUGUUAUCCUAAGGUUGCUAAUCCAAUCAUUUACUUCUUUACCUAAGGAUCCUUUUUCCCCUUGUACUCUCUGUAACAGGCUCUGGCAACGUUCCCGCCAUCGUUGUCUCCUCUGCUCCUCUCACACCUCCAUCCAUCAGCCCACCUGUUGUAUCAGCCGCCUCUCCGGCUGUGUCAAACGUGGAACCUGCUGCUGCUGCUGCUUCUCCUGCUGCAGCUUCACCCAGCGCUCCCGCUCCCUCUGCUACACCGGCGGCCACCCCCGCUGCUGCAGCCGUCGGUGCCCCCAGCCCAGCCGCACCUACCGGCAAACCCUCGGCAGGCACCAACGACCCAGAGGAGGCUGCUCGGGUCCUGGCUGAGAAACGCAGACAAGCCAGGGAGCAGAGAGAGAGGGAGGAGCAGGAGCGCCUGGAGCAGGAGCAGAGAAACAAGUCAGUUUGUCAAAAUAACGGCGGACCCCAAAACUGUGAAAAUAAUGUUUCUGAUAAAUGUGAAAAAAGCUCAAGGUUGUUGUUAGAUUAAUAGCUACAAAAAUCGCUGAUCUGUUUGCAUAGAUGUGAUAUAAGAUUGGUUUUACGCUGUAUGUAAUGAGGAUUUAUCUUUUCAGGAUCCUCCGGGAGGAGGCGAUGGCCCGGGAAGCGGAGGAGAGGAAGCGCAGAGAGGAGGAGGCUCGAUUUAUGGCCGAGCAGCAGCGUCUGAGGGACGAAGCCCAGAGAGCUGAAGAGGAGAAGGAGGCGCAGGAGAGAGCCAAAGCCGAGCAAGAGGAGAACGACAGGCUGCAGAAACAGGUCAGUGACCAGAAACUAGAGAGAUUAGGAAUAUUUUCACUUUGUUCAAGUUAGGAGUAGUUGUAGUAGUAGUAACCUAUGAUAGUUUAAAGGUUUUAAUUAAAUUCAGAUAUAAUGCAGAUUAAUACUUCAGAUAAUCACAAAUGGGGCCCAGUCAAGGUGAAAGUAAAAAGCAUUGGUGCUAUUGUAGAUGCCAACAGACGAUCAGCAAACACAAUGUUUGCAGGACUUCUACAACUAGGAUAAAGUGACAUAGUCCAGGACCCGAGGUCAACAGAGUCAACAGAGUCUCCGGUAUUUACCUUGUUUUAUUGCUUGUGUCGGCAGUCGUGGGCAGAGGAGGAUUCAGACAAUUUUCCGUAUUUUCUGGUUGGUUUCUACUGUCCGAUAUUGUAGCACACUAACUUUGUUUGGGCUCGUGAACGUUAUUUGAGAACGUGGAGCGUACCUCACGACAUGAGGGAGCAGCGACCGGCUCACAACCAAUCAGGAUGGGGGAAGCGGAGAAUGGUUUUGUUUACAGUCAGAAAGAGCGGACCGCUCUAAAAAUGUUAAAUGUUGACUAGACAGACAUAACAGAACAAAGCGAUAUGGUGAUAUUCCCAAAUGUCAUCAAUAACUUAUAGCUAUUGACUGAUAUUAAAAGCUUUUUUGUAUAUACACAACAAAAAAAGAUGCGUCUUUAAUGGACUCCUGUCUACCCCACCUUUAAGUUAAAGAGAUAUAAUUCAUGAUGUUUAUAGAUAAUGGAUAGAUCAGUCAUCCUGCACAUGUGUUUAAUCCCUCUGCCUACAACACUUUAUCUGUCAGACACAUGAUCACUCUCUGUUAACUGUAAAUACUCUUUAACCCUCUAAAUUUCCAUUAACCCUCACAAUCCCCACAUGCAGUAAGCCCGUUUUCCAUCUGGGCAGAUUAAUACAUAUGAGGAUGCCUGAGCUGUCCGAGUGGGGGGUGCAGGUUUGGGGGGUUUCUGUGCAUGAGACCAAACAUGAGACCGGGAUCUGCCUGCCUGCCUCACCCCCUGACUGUCUGAGCAGAUUAGAGGAGAGGAGUUUGUGCCGCUGUCACGAUCCGUGUGUUUCAGGCCAGUCAGAGGGUCCUUGUCUCCUCGUCUGCCCGGCCUGAUGCCAGCUGGUGACCUCCAUAAUGGUGAUGGGCGCAAGAUGAGGGAGCCAUUGUGAUGGAGGGCGAUAGUGACAGGCCUGUGCUGCCUCUGUCUCGCAUACUUGGCUCUGCAGUCGGCAGAUAGUCGGAGAAACAGCAUCAGUGUACGCUGUGCCUGAAGCUAUCAGCCAUGCUCCACUCGCCUUUCCCCCUCAAUCGGACCAUUGUUUCGGCCGGACGGCACUUUCGCCCCAGACUGAAGGGGCCUCAUGUUGGAGUGUUAGACUCACUGCAGGGUUAACAGUCUGAAAAUGUGUUUGACAUUUUAGAUUUGUGGCUGUAUGGUUAAAUCAGGCAGACUGGAAACAGAGUUUUACACUUAAAAGACGUGAUUCUUCCCUCAUCUUAAUUUCUGUUUUUACUGCUCACAUCUGCUCGGAUGGUGCCCAGGCUAAAUAUCCAGUGAACCAUGUAAUGGAGUUACCGAGAUGAUAUCAACUCCGGCCUGAAGGCUGCAGAGUAUACUGAGCGUCUGCUGCCCCCUGGUGGACAGGAAUUUGUUAAAGAAUUAAAAAGUCCUCUUAUUAUAUGACUUUGAAAUGAUAAACCUACACUAUUUAAACAGUGAUUUAUCAAUAAUCUGGUUUGGUCUGUGUAAGUUUAACUUCAAACAAAAUAUUCUGUUUUUUUUUUUGUUUUCAGAAGGAGGAGGCCGACGCCAAAGCUCGUGAAGAGGCCGAGCGUCAACGCCUGGAGAGGGAGAAGCACUUCCAGAAAGAGGAGCAGGAGCGACUGGAGAGGAAGAGGGUGAGGAGACAGAAAGAUGUCAGAGAUGUCAAAAAAACAACAGAUUCCAGAGUAAAAAAAAAGGAAGAAAGAUUUCAGAUUUUAAAUAAAAAGAAAGAUUUAAGAGUUUAAAAAAAGACAUAUUUUAGAAUAAAAAAAUUCAGAGAAAAAAAUGAUUCAAGACUGUAAAAAAGAGAAAAGUUCAGAGAUAAAAAAAAAGUUUUAGAGUUGAAAAAAAGAGAAAGUUUUCAAAUAUAAAAAGGAAAGAUUUCACAGUUCAAAAAAUUCAUAGUAAAAAAAAGAAAGAUUUAAGAGUUUAAAAAAAGAGAAAGAGUUCAGAGUUAAAAAAGAAAGAAAGAGUUCAGAGUUUAAAACAAGGAGAGAUUUCAGAGUUUCAAAAAAAAGAUUUCAGAUUUAUAAAAAAAAUUUGAUAGUUAAAAAAAGGUUUCAGAGUUAAAAAAGAGACAGAUUUCAGAGAUUGUUCAGAAAGUCACACAAGUUCACCCUGAAUAUCAUCUCAGUACUUCCUAAAACCCCCUCAGCUGUUCGUCCUUAUCUAAGUGAUUUCUCUGUCUGGUCUGCACAGCGUCUGGAGGAGAUCAUGAAGAGGACUCGUAAGAGCGACGCAGGAGAAAAGGUCAGUGUGAUUCCUCUUAAUGACGUUUCAUAAAUGGGAAUCUCUUUUGUAAGAGGCUGAAGUUUUUUUGUUCUUUUUCACCACAGAAGGAAGUCAAACCUUCUCCACAGGUCAACGGCAAAGACACAGAGCUCAAUAAAGGUAACCACUGUUUCUGCUCAAACAGAAAUCAAGUGUAGAAAAACUUCAUUAACUUGUUUGAAUCGUGUCUUUCUGCAGCUGUAAACAUGCAGAGUCCAGGUGCGGCUCUCCUCAGCCCGCCUCAAAGCGUCUCCGGUCCUGUCGUGAACGGCGUUCAGCCUGCCGCACAUCAAAACGGCGUCUCGGCUAACGGCGAAGCAGCGGACUUUGAGGAGAUCAUCCAGCUGAACAAUGGCGGUAACCCUGCUCAGAAUCAGAGUGGGCUGGUCGGCGAGCCCAUCCUGGCCUUCGAGGGGGGAGAGCCCUUCAGGAUGAAAACAGGCCCCAUGAAACCUCAGCAUGUCGCAGGUGAGCAGAGAGUUAGCUGUUUUUCUGCACACAAAAUCAAAAACUAAAUCCCAAAUAAUCUGACAAUCCACAACAAAAUCCAGCAUUCAGACCCGGCUUCAUCUUUCACCUCGUCUCACCUGUGUUUGUGUCUCCUGCAGAGGUCCUGUGAGCCCCCCACACAACCCCGUGUGAGAAGCGCCUUAUGUCUCCGCUUGAGCUACGAGAUUCAUGCCCACACCACAGCGGCUUAUUAAAAAAAACGUGUGCCAAAACAAACGAAAAAACUGCGCUGACUUCACAUCUACAGUUUAUCCGCCACAAGAGGACGGACGAGGAGGAGCGAAAAAAAAACACACGAUGAACUCAUCUGAAACAUACGAAAACGCAACAACAAGUAUUCUCCACCGCGUGUUCUGGUGCAGCAGUUGUUAUUGUCACAUACAGAUUUUACGGUGCACCUUAAAAAUGACUGACUGUGUAUAACGAAUUUGAAAAAAUACAGUAUAAGACCCUGGAAAUACAUAAUAUUUGACAAUGGUUGUUAUUAUUACCGUCGUUAAGAUAUUAUUGUUGUUGUUAUCUUAAGUUGAAUCGUGUGUGUGUGCGUGUGUUUGUUGUUUUUGUCUUGAAUUCUUGAGUUAUUUAACAUGGGGAGCAUCGUAAUGACGGGCCACAGACAGUGUAUGUAAAUGUAUAAAGAGCCCGGCUGCCUCAGCCUCCUGUUAACGGGGGGAUCUGUGAAAUAAAGCUUUAUGAAAGGGUCUGCGUCUGUUUGUCUGUCUGUAUAGGGG